CUUGAAGAAAAGGAUCUACGGCACAUGUUUGAUUCAUUUGGAAAAAUUUACGAGUUUACCAUCUUGAAGGACAAAUACACUGGGAUGCAUAAAGGAUGCGCGUUCCUGACCUACUGUCACCGAGACAGUGCGCUUCGAUGUCAAGCCGAGCUUCAUGACCGAAAAAUAUUACCUGGUAUGAAUCGUGCGAUGCAGGUAAAACCCGCAGACAGCGAGAGUCGUCCAUGCUCACCGAAGAACGGCGAAGAAAGAAAGCUAUUUGUCGGAAUGCUUUCUAAGCAGCAAACUGAAGAAGACGUGCGUGCAUUAUUUGCUCCAUAUGGAGUUAUUGAUGAGGUUACGGUGCUUCGCGGUGCCGACGGAAGCUCGAAGGGCUGCGCUUUUGUGAAAUAUGGGACGCAUGCUCAAGCCGUCUUAGCAAUAAGUGCGCUUCACGGUAGUCAAACCAUGGCUGGUGCAUCAUCGUCACUCGUCGUUAAAUUUGCCGAUACUGAAAAGGAACGACAACUCCGGCGAAUGCAGCAGAUGGCCGCACAGCUAGGUUUAUUGAACCCGUUGCUGCUGAACCAAUCAACGCCCUACAGCGCAACGUAUCAGCAGGUCCUAAGCCCUUCAUCGUUAAAUCAGACUGGAGCGUAUACAUCCGCUCCAUAUCAGCAGAAAAGCCAACUAGACAAGAAUUCGAAAAACUGGAUUUCUCAACAGCUAGAUCUACAAAGCUAUACUUUUUUUCCACUUAACAUACUUUUUCCCAAGUCACUGUUGUACGAUCAUUUUUCAGUACUCGGUCCAGAUGGAUGCAACUUGUUCAUAUACCACUUACCGCAAGAAUUUGGAGACGCCGAACUUAUGCAGAUGUUUAUUCCAUUUGGUCACGUUAUAAGUGCAAAGGUUUUCAUUGAUCGAGCCACCAAUCAAAGCAAAUGUUUCGGUUUCGUUUCGUACGAUAAUACAGCGUCGGCAAUGGCAGCCAUUCAAGCAAUGAACGGAUUCCAGAUUGGCAUGAAACGAUUAAAGGUCCAACUGAAACGGCCGCGGGAUAAACCGUAUUGA